AUGGAUCAAAGUGUGGAAGAUUUAUUUGGUGCAUUAAGAGAUGCUAGUGCCAGUUUGGAAGCGAAAAGUACAGCGAAAGAACAAGGUUCUUUUCAACAAGAGGAUGUUUUGCAGAUAGACAAUAACGAUGAUGAAGUAAACAUUGAAAGUAAAUUUCAAGAGAUCGAAGCUAGCCUUAAGAAACUUCCUAAGUUAGAAACUGGAUUCGAUGCCUUAGCAAAGAAGAAAAAGAAGAAGAGCGAGUUGCCUUCUGUAGAAACAGAAGAUGAAAGAAAAUCCAACAAAGGCGACAAAGAUGAUAAUGACUGGUUUGCCUUACCAAAGCCAGAUGAUAAUAUGCGCCGUGAAGUACAACGAGAUUUAUUGCUGAUUAAACAUAGAGCUGCUCUUGAUCCGAAGAGACAUUAUAAGAAGCAACGUUGGGAGGUUCCAGAAAGGUUUGCCAUUGGUACUAUAGUUGAAGACAAGAGUGAGUUCUAUAGUAGUCGUAUGAACAGGAAAGAAAGAAAGUCAACUAUUUUGGAGACACUCAUGGGCGAUGAAGCUUCUAAUAAGUAUUUUAAGCGUAAAUACAAUGAAAUUCAGGAAAAAUCUACCAGCGGUAGAAAGGCACAUUACAAGAAAAUAAAAGAGAUGAGGAAGAAGCGCAGGUAA